UAUUGGGCCGAAAGCCCACUAUGCUCCGUUCUAUUAUAAUGCGAUCCCCCUUUCCCGCGGAGAAAGAAAACAAGAGAUCCCUCCCCAAAAAUCAAGAACUUGCGUUUUCCGUUUGGUUUUUUCGAUAAUGGCCCCUUAAACCUUUAUUUGUUCGAGAAGUUGCCCCUAGAAUCUUGUUAGUUCUUUCCAGUGGGUUCUCUCCGAUUGAACUCUCCAGUUAGUUGGCGUUAGAUGUGAAGGAAUGUUAACCCACACUACAGAAUGACCAAUUUGGAAGAACAAAUAAGAUUUGAGAGAGUUAACAGCAAUUUCAAUUAUUUGAUGGACUUAUUCAAAAUAUUGAAAGAUGCUAGGUAUCAAUAUCGAAUAGAACCAAACAUGUUUAGUGUAACUCCAUCCACUGCUAGUGAAGCCAUGCACACAAGCUGUUUGUUGUAUUGCCCCUGUGGUCUUCAAUCGCCACUAUAUUGGGGCUGGACAUUUGUGCUGAUACCAUUGUGGGAGAUGAGAUGAAACGAGGAAUUUCGGGUGGAGAGAAGAAGCGGGUUACAACUGGUGAGAUGAUUGUUGGGCCCUCGAAGACCCUUUUCAUGGAUGAGAUAUCUAGUGGUCUGGACAGCUCCACCACCUUCCAAAUUGUAAAAUGCCUGCAACAGAUUGCCCGUCUGAGGGAGGCCACCAUAUUGAUGUCGCUCCUUCAACCAGCACCUGAGACAUUCGAACUAUUUGAUGACAUCAUCAUCCUAACUGAGGGUCAGAUUGUAUAUCAGGGACCCCGAGAGUUGGCUUCGGAGUUCUUCGAAACCUGUGGCUUUCGUUGCCCCGAGAGGAAAGGCACUGCUGACUUCUUACAAGAGGUGAUAUCAAGAAAGGAUCAAGAGCAGUAUUGGGCAGACAAGAGCAAGCCCUACAGCUACGUAUCCGUCUCCCAAUUUGCUGAAAACUUUAAGAAAUUUCACGUUGCGCUUCAAUUAGAGAAGGAACUCUCAAUCCCCUUUGACAAGAGCUGCGGCCAUAAAGCUUCUCUCGUCUUCUCAAAGCACUCUGUUUCUUAUUCUGAGCUCCUUGAAGCCUCCUUUGCAAAAGAGUGGCUUCUCAUCAAGCGCAAUGCCUUUGUCUACAUUUUCAAAACUGUCCAAAACAUCAUAGUAGGUGUCAUUGCCUCGACGGUGUUCAUAAGAACUAAGAUGAGUACAGAAAAUGAAGAGGAUGGAACCAUUUACAUUGGAGCUCUUCUGUUCAGCUUGAUCAUCAACUUGUUUAAUGGGUUCAUAGAGCUGUCCCUGACUCUCGUAAGGCUCCCUGUGCUAUACAAGCAUAGGGAUCUUCUCUUUUAUCCAGCAUGGGUCUAUACCCUUCCAAAUUUUCUUCUCAGGAUUCCCAUUUCUGUUUUCGACUCUCUUGUUUGGGUUAUUGUGACCUAUUACUCAAUGGGAUUUGCCCCAGAAGCUAGCAGGUUCUUCAAGCAGAUUCUUCUUGUCUUUCUAAUUCAGCAGAUGGCAGCAGGGCUCUUCAGGGUGACGGCAGGGCUUUGUAGGACAAUGACCAUAGCUAGCACUGGAGGAGUUCUCUCUCUCCUUAUCAUGCUUGUCCUCGGGGGAUUUAUCCUACCAAGAGACCUGAUUCCAAAGUGGUGGAUAUGGGGAUAUUGGAUUUCACCGCUGCAGUAUGGAUUUAGUGCUCUUGCAGUAAAUGAGUUGUUGGCUCCUAGGUGGAUGAACAAAUUUACAACUGAUGGUAGGAGAUUAGGGGUGGCAGUACUUGAGAAUGCCAGUGUGUUCCCUGAGAAGAAGUGGUUCUGGAUUGGAGUUGCGGCGCUUCUAGGUUUCACUAUCCUCUUCAACGUCCUCUUCACCCUUGCACUCAUGUUUCUAGACCCUUUUCGAAAACCACAAGCUAUUAUACCUGAAGAAAAAUCUAUGGUUGACAUGGAUGAAACUGAGGAGCUUCCAAGGAUUAAACGAAUGGAACCUGAUGAAAAUUCAACAUUACGAACUUUAUCAGUGAAGGAUGAUAGCAACACCAGAACCGAUGUGGUUACUCCGAAGAGGGGAAUGGUUCUUCCAUUCCUACCCUUAUCCAUGUCUUUUGAUGAAGUAAAUUAUUUUGUUGACAUGCCAGCAGAAAUGAAACAACAAGGGAUUAAUGAAGACAAACUCCAGCUUCUAAAGGGUGUAACUGGAGCUUUUCGGCCUGGAGUCUUGACCGCACUUAUGGGAGUAAGUGGGGCCGGAAAGACAACUCUUAUGGAUGUUUUGGCUGGAAGAAAGACCGGUGGUUAUAUGGAAGGAGAUAUCAGGAUCUCCGGUUACCCCAAGAACCAAGCUACUUAUGCAAGGAUUUCCGGAUAUUGUGAACAAAAUGAUAUCCAUUCUCCUCAGGUCACUGUUAGAGAGUCUUUGAUAUACUCUGCAUUUCUUCGUCUUCCUAAGGAAGUUAUUGAUGAAGACAAGAUGGUCAGAACUAAUGCUUUAAAAAUUAUCGUUUUAAAGUUCGCUCACAUAGUCGGUCACACCACGCGAUUGAGAAUUUUCUCUUUUCUACAGAAAUUUGUCGAUGAAGUUAUGGAUUUAGUAGAACUCAAGGAUCUAGAGGAUGCCAUUGUGGGACUUCCCGGUGUCAGUGGUCUGUCAACAGAACAAAGGAAAAGGUUAACAAUAGCAGUUGAGCUUGUUGCUAAUCCUUCAAUCAUCUUCAUGGAUGAACCGACCUCAGGACUCGAUGCAAGGGCAGCAGCUAUUGUUAUGAGAACCGUCAGGAACACAGUUGACACUGGACGAACAGUUGUGUGCACAAUCCAUCAGCCAAGUAUCGACAUAUUUGAAUCCUUUGAUGAGCUCCUGGUAAUGAAGAGAGGAGGCCAACUAAUAUACUUUGGACCUUUGGGCCAAAACUCACAUGAGGUCAUAGAAUAUUUUGAGUCAAUUCCUGGAGUUCCCAAAAUAAAGGAAAAAUACAACCCUGCAACAUGGAUGCUAGAAGCCAGUUCAAUCUCUGCUGAAGUAAGUUUUGAGAUUGAUUUUGCAGAGUACUACACGUCAUCAGAAUUAUACAGGCGUAACAAAGCCCUGAUCGAGGAGCUGAGUAAACCUGCACCUGGAACAAGCGACCUCCACUUCCCAAUGCAGUAUUGUGAAUCUACGUUUGGGCAGUUUAAAGCUUGCCUAUGGAAACAAUGGUUAACUUAUUGGAGGAGUCCAGAUUAUAACUUUGUCAGAUUUUUCUUCUCUAUCGUAACUGCUCUGCUUCUAGGAACCAUCUUUUGGAGGGUUGGUCACAGAAGAGAGAAUGCAAAUGAUCUUAGGAUUGUCAUUGGAUCUAUGUUUCUGUCAGUUUUGUUUGUGGGCAUCAAUAACUGCUCAACUGUCCAACCAGUUGUAGCAACUGAAAGGACGGUCUUUUAUCGCGAAAGGGCAGCUGGGAUGUACUCUGCUUUACCUUAUGCUAUGUCGCAGGUGGUUGUCGAAAUCCCAUAUGUCUUUCUCCAGAGCUUGCUUUAUACUGUAAUAGUUUACUCCAUGAUGAGCUUUGAAUGGACAGCAGCAAAGUUUGCUUGGUUCUUCUAUAUCUGCUUCUUCUCGUUCUUGUACUUCACGUACUACGGAAUGAUGACAGUGUCCAUCUCACCCAACCAUGAAGUUGCUGCAAUCCUUGCAUCAACAUUUUACACGCUCUUCUAUCUUUUCUCGGGCUUUUUCAUCCCUAGACCUAGAAUUCCAAAAUGGUGGAUCUGGUAUUAUUGGAUUUGUCCAACAGCGUGGACAGUAUACGGGCUGAUAGUUUCUCAAUAUGGAGACCUUGAGGACGUAAUCAUGGUUUCCGGUCAGCCAAACCAGACGAUAAAAUUCUAUGUGAAGGAUCAUUUUGGAUACGAUACUAAUUUGAUGGGAGCAGUGGCUGUAGUUCUCGUAGGGUUUGCUGUAUUUUUCGCUUUAAUGUUCGCCUUCUGUAUCAAAAAACUAAAUUUUCAACACAGGUAAGAAAUUUACUGCGCAAAGUUUAGCAAUGUGUUCAGUUUACUAUUGAGUGUUGAUCAAGGCCUUCACUGUUUAUUAUUUGUGGAGGCUAAAGUGCAUGAGGGCUCCCAUGUAUUUUUCAUAUACUCUCAGCUUCUGUACAUGUGUGUGUGUCCUGGAGUUUUUGUGUAUAUUAUCUGUCCUUAUGAAAAGUGUUUUUCCCAUC